UAAAUAAACAGCUUGUCUAGUCUUCAGUUUAUUUUCUCAUAUUACAGUUGUUCUGAAAGUAUAUCGUUUUCAGAAUGAUGUUGCUCAACCUUUGCUUAUUUCUUGUAACCGUGAGUUUUGUUCAAACGCAAGAUAAUUUUCAGUGGCCCCCCAGCGCUGACCUGAAAGAUGGAGAGGCGUUUGACUUCAUAAUAGUGGGCGCGGGGUCGGCGGGCGCGGUGCUGGCGAGCCGGCUGAGUGAAGUGCGCGAGUGGCGCGUGCUGCUGCUGGAGGCCGGCGGGGACCCGCCUGAGGCCAGCCGGCGUCCGGGUCUGGUGGCGGAGCUCCCGUUCAGUGCGGUGGACUGGCGGUACUACUCGGCGCCGGCCGCGGACUGCUCGCGCGCGCAGCGCCGGCCCGGCCGCCUGCCGCUGUUCCGGGGCAAGAUGCUGGGCGGCACCUCCGCCAUCAACACCAUGGUCUACGUCAGGGGGAACCCGGAGGACUACGACGGCUGGGCGCGGGCGGGGCUGCGGGGCUGGGGCUGGGACCAGGUGCGGCCCUACUUCCUCAAGAGCGAGCGGCUGCAAGACGACCAGAUCCUCAGCGAUCCCCUCGAUGCCUCCCACCACAGUGACAGUGGUCCCAUGAAGGUGUCGCGGCAGAAGUACCGCGAUGUGAACAACAUCAGGAAGCUGCAGGGAGUACUGGACGCGCUGGACGAGGUGGGCAUCCGUCGCGUGCGCGACUACAACGGGGCGCGGCAGUGGGGCGCCGCGCGGUCCUUCUUCACGCACUCGCGGCGCCCCGGCGUGCGGUCCAGCUCCGCACAGGCCUUCCUGCUGCCCGCCAGCAACAGAACCAAUCUGGCAAUCCUUAAGAAUGCAUACGCUACCAAAAUAUUAAUCGACGAACAAAAGAUUGCGUUCGGGGUCGAAGUCUUCACUAAUGGUAGUACGAUGCAUUUUUUUGCAAACAAAGAAGUGAUAUCUUCGGCCGGAUCCAUCAACACCCCGAAGCUUCUCAUAGCGUCGGGCAUCGGGCUCCGGGAGGACCUGGCGCCGCUCAACAUCACCGUGGUCGCGGAGCUGCCCGUGGGACGCCACCUGCAGGACCACCCCUUCGUGCCGCUCGUGUUCACUGGGGAGCCCACCGCUCACGUCAACCAUCUCAAUAAUUUUACUCUAGAUUACUAUCCUAUGCCACGAAUCGAUGGUUUCUUCUCCAUUGUAAACUUCAGCCGUCCGGACCUGCAAGUGGCUCAGUUCUACCUGAACCAGUCGUCGCCUCACCUGGUGCCGCUGUUCAACCGCACGUUCACGUACAACGACGCGGUGGUGCGCUCCGUGCUCGAGCAGAACCUGCGGCACGAGCUGUUCGUGCUGAACCUGGCGCUGCUGCACGGGGCGGCGCGCGGGGCCGUGCGCGUGCGCAGCGCCGCCGCCGCCGCGCCGCCCGUCGUGCAUCUCAACUACUACUCGGAGAGGGAAGACCUCGUCCUCAUGAGAGAGGGCAUCAAGAAGAUCCUGAGUCUUCUGAGGACUAAGUUCUUCAGGAGCGUGCGGUCCCGGCUGGUGCGCGUGCAGCUGCCGCGCUGCGCCGCGCUGCGGUUCCUGAGUGACGAGUACCUGGAGUGCUACAUCCGCGAGAUGACGCUGUCGUACUGGCACCAGGCGGGCUCGGCGCGCGCGGGGGGCGUGCUGGACGGGCGGCUGCGCGUGCGCGGGCUCCAGCGCCUGCGCGUGGUGGACGCCAGCGCCGCGCCCGCGCUGCCCAGCGGGAACACCAACGCACCCGUCAUCAUGAUCGCAGAGAAAAUCGCUGACCACAUAAAGGAAGAAUACGGAAAAAUCUAAUCAAUACGGUACUACGAUGUUCUUAGGGGUAUAGCUUCAAAUAUAAUUGGGUUUUUCAGACAUAAUGUAGGUAGUGUGAUCUUAAAACAUAGGUAGCUAUUUAAUACAGGAAGGUAACUUUUACAUACAGGUUCGCAUAUACAUAUAGCUUGCAGGUACCUGAGGUAUUUGAUCAUAUGCAUAUUAUAAAUACUUAAUUUGUUUUAAAAUAAACAUACACUUUAUUCAUCGAUAUUUUUUUAAUACAUAUGUAUAAAGUCAAUACACUAAUUGCUACCUAGGUACAUACUUACCUACCAUGCGAAUGAAAUGGUUCAAUGGGUAAGCCCAACUUUUUUUAUACAUAAUAUAUGCAUCAGUCUUUCCUGCAUACCUUUGCAGUUUAAUCAAGUCUUUUGCUCUAUUGCCCAGUUGUACGAAACGAAGGGGCUUUGAACUAGUUUGCUCCUCUGACUGAUUACUGCCUACAGUCUCGUCUAUCCGUCUGAGUCUGUACAGUUGUAAGAUACACCCAUACCCCAUACAUAAGCGAGCUUAAUCUAGGUAGGUAGGUAUAUAAGAAAAAAUAUAUAUAUUUUUUUUCAUACUUUGUAGGUUGAUGUGUCAUUCUAUUUAUUCAAUAAAUAACCAGACUUUCAUCUAUUAUGAAAAUGGGAGGUCCUUUUGUACGGAACCCUUGGUGUGAGGUGUAAGUGUAACAUUAAAUUAAAUUCACCCAUAAUUAAAA